AUAUUCGUAAAUGCAUGCAAGGUACCGCUUUGAUGAAGGGCACCGUGCCCUUUUCCAAACACGGUAGUCUGUGACAGAUGGACCAGUUUCUGGUACAACAAUGUGACAGGCUUGUAAAUUAAAAAUCAGAUAUGUAAUAGCAAUGUCGUUAAUUACUGCGCCUAGACGAAUUUGGAGACAAUGAAGGCAGAAGAAUCCCUUCAUAUGGAGUGGACCACUCUGGAUCUAGCUCCAGGUCCUGUAGCCGAGCCUCCGUUCCGUGUGACGGUCAGAGGCAGACUUGCGAUCACAUCCAUUUACAGGAGCCAUGGGCAGGAGAAAACGCUCUGCAGCCAAGAGGCCCGUCUUUCGCCGACGAUUAUUCGACCUUGAAGAACUUGGGACAGGCGAGAUCUCGCUGGCAAAGGAAGAGAUGGAGAUGGCGAGGACAAGCUACAGUAUCCACGGCGGGGCCAGCCCUGUGACCACCAGGCGUUACGGCGCCGAUGAAAAAUACACGAACCUCCUGCCUGACGGCCCAGCGACUCAUACUUACGUUCCCGUGCACUUUGUCGUCCUCCUGUCGAUGUUCUUCCUCAGUAUCCUGCUCAUUUUCUGCCGCGCGCGGCGCACGAAGUCAAAACCAGCGGUGCCAAAGAGCACCUCAUCCCGUCGGUCCUCCGGAUCCACCACCACCAAUAACAACAGGGCUGUGAAGAGGUCAAUCACGGUCAUGGGUACUCCGAAGGAUAGGGACCUAUUCUUCAAGUUAGAAAGGAAAGGCUCCUAUACAAAUGGAGUUGGUCAGAGGAGGCAAUCUGUACGAAGAAAGUCCGCUGUGUAACCGUAAAGAUGUUGGAAAAUAUAAAUGGCUGGUUUAUAGCAGAGGUGAAUUCCGUUUCGCCAUCAAAAAAGUACUUGGUGAAAAAGAUAAGCUGGACUAGAUACUGUAAAUUAGGUCGAAAUGCUGAGACCACUAAGCUCACUUUUGUAGGGUAAAAACACACCAUUCUUGCAAGUGAAGAUCUUGGUUAUUGAUAACAUUACUUUCGUUGUUAUACAACGUUGCUUGUCCAUCUUUCAAAGUAAAGUUUCUAGUAGUUGCCUAGCUUAUGUGGACAGACCUGUGUGGAUUCAGUCAGAUUUGUGACAUACUAUGUCAUGUCAUAUCGUAUUACAUGUUAUAACGUUAGUAUAAGUAUCUUGUUUUUGUCCUUUGCAAAAAAAGGAAAUAUAAUCCGGCGAUGGGAUUGCCAUA